AUGUCGUCAGUGGUGACAGAGUUAGAAGCCGCUCUGCAGGCCAUGCAGAAUACCAAACCGCCGGGAGUAUCUGGAACCAAAAUCACCUUCAUCACUGAACUGAGUGUCAACAAUGUUCAGUCUGAGUCGGUCAUUAUCCAGAAACUGUACACGCAUUUCAAGAAGUGUCCCGGAACACAUAAACUAGGUCCUCUCUACGUUGUAGACUCUAUUGCGCGCAAGUACUUAGACCAGGCCAAGAAGAACCAUCAAGAAGUCUCCUCUGCGGCGCCGGAUGGUACCUUUGCGGCGGGUGUGUUUAGAAUCACCAACCUGCUGCCCCCAUUGAUGAAUGACAUUCUUCAGCACGCUCCACCGGAAGAAAACAAGGACAAAAUAGAGAAGCUGUAUGCUAUAUGGGAGCGGAGUUCCACAUUUCCUCCAGAGGUUCUUGCAGAUGUCAAGCGGAAGAUGAACGCAAGUCCAAUGUUUCAGCCGAAACCCGCCUCGGCUCCGGUAGCCCAGUACAAUAUGGGCAGUUCUCAGACCAAUGGCCAUGCCCCCAUGCUGAGCCCGCCGCUUCACUCGGCCACCCCCGGGCCUAUGCCAUACACGUCGACGUCGCCCAACGCGAAUGGCCAUCCGGCUUUCCAGAACCAGAUGGCUGGUGCCUAUCAGCAGAUGUAUGGCCAGAACCAAUCCCCACAGCAGGCUGGAUAUCCGAAUCAACCUCAGCAGCAGGCCGCGUAUCCUCAGAACCAGCCCCAGCAGCAGACUGGAUAUCCGCAAACCCAGCCCCAGCAGACCGGAUACCCUCAGGCUCAGGCUCAGCAGCAGCAGGCCGCGUAUCCUUUCAAUGCUCCCCAGCAGCCGCAGCAGCCCCAGAUGGGCAUGGAGCAGCAGCUCGCGAUCUUGCAGUUGCUCCUCCAACAGCCAGGACUACAGCAGAAUGUAACCCAACUGGCUCCCGCUUUGCAGGCUCUCCUUGGCGGAGCGGUUGGUGCACAAGGCUUCCCAAUGCCGAACGCAGGCGACCCAAUGCAGCAACAGCAGCAACAGCAGCAGCAGCAGUUUUGGGGACAGUCCAUGGGUAUGCAGCAGCAGCCAGCCCUCUCCCAAGCCGAAGCACCGCGGGCGCCGGACGCUUUCAACAACAAUAAUAACGAGCAACGCGGCCGAGAGCGGGGUUAUUCUCCUCCUCCCCGGUCUCCUCCUCGAUAUGGAGCUGCCAGACGUGGUCGAAACAAUAUCGACCCCGGACGAGGCAUGGGUGGAAUGGGCGAGCGCGGAGCCCGUGGCGGACGAAACCGUGGAAGGAAGGGCAGUUCUCCUCGUCGCAAGGACAGGAGUCCCCAGGGCAGAGCUGGCGGCUCGCAGGCUGGAGGAUCGCAGGCGUCUCCCCCGCCAAGGGAGCUUCCGAAAGUCUCAAGGAAUGUUCAGUUUGCCGACGACAUUCCCCCGCACUGUGUUAGAGUUCUGAGUCGGACCCUGUUCGUUGGAGGCGUUACGAUUGGCGACGACGAACUCCGACAGCUGUUUGAGAACUAUGGACUGGUGCAGUCGUGCAUAGUGAACCAAGACAAGCGCCACGCGUUCAUCAAAAUGCUUACGCGGGAGGACGCCGUGAAGGCCAAGGCCGGCAUGGAAACUUAUAGGACCGAGCAUAUGACGCUUAGGACACGCUGGGGUGUUGGAUUCGGACCGAGGGACUGUAGUGACUACCAGACGGGUGUCAGCGUCAUCCCGAUUGAACGACUCACCGAAGCAGACCAGAGAUGGAUGGUUUCAGCCGAGUACGGCGGCACCGGAGGCCAGCCGCUGCAGGGCGGCAUGUGUGUGGAGGAACCGGACAUUGAAAUAGGCCAAGGUGUCUCGUCCAAAGCCAUUAGCAAGAGAUUCCCUACGGACUCGGGUGGAAACAAGGGGCCCCGAUCCACCCACGAUCCCCAUGCAGGCGGAGGAGGAGGGGGUGGAGGUGGAGGUGGAGGUGGGGGUAGUGGUGGUGGCAGUGGCGGAGGAGGUGGUGGUCCCACGCACAGAGGCAACAAGCGGAAGGACGACCACCACAAGGGAGGCCAGGAUCCCGGUCAACGUGGAACGCAGGGAGCACCAGGCGGCCGCGACAACGUUGGUGUGGCGCCUCCUACCCCGGGAUUCGGUGCGGGGUUCCCGUUCUCCAUUCCUAUGUUCCAGCAGCAGCAGCAGCAGCAGCCGUACCCUGGCUUCCAGCAGCAGCAGGGUGGGGCGCAGCCGCCAUCUAGCCGAUAG